AUGGGAAAGCGAAAACAGACCCGCAAGUUUGCUGUCAUGAAGAAAACUCUAAAUUUGAAGGAUGGCAGAAUAAAAAAGCUAGAUCGUGAAAAGCUAAAGGAGGCAAAGAAAGUCAAUGCUGAGAAUGUAAAGCAAGUUUCACGGAAUCGAAACGAACGAAUAACUUGUCUUAAAGAUUCCUACAAUGAAGCUCUUGGUCCUCCCUAUCAUAUCCUUCUUGACACUAACUUCGUUAAUUUCGCUAUCAAGAAUAGGCUUGAUAUAUUUCGAGCAACCAUGGAUUGUCUACUUGCUAAUUGCUUCCUUUACGUAACCGACUGUGUUAUGGGUGAAAUUGAGAAAAUGCCGGAGAGAUACCGUGUUGCUUUAAGAAUCCUCCGUGACAAGCGUAUUCAGCGUUUGACCUGCCAACACAGGGGUACCUAUGCAGAUGACUGCCUUGUUGAAAGAAGUCAACUACGAUGCUACAUCGUUGCCACUUGUGAUCGAGAUCUACGCCGGCGCAUCCGUAAAAUCACUGGCGUUCCCAUCAUGUACAUCCACAAUCAUCGGCUGACCAUCGAGAAAUUACCUAUGGCCCUUGGUGCCCCCAAAAUAUAG